GCGAAGCUGACUGCUUUAACUCUAAAACUGUUGGAAGUCAAUGAGGACGGAGUCAGAACCUGUCGGUAGGUCCGGUCAGUACCAGCUCCACGUGUUUCUGUCGCGGUUCUGCCCUGUUUAAGCGCCGGAUUCAGUAGAAGCCUUGACAUUUAAAAUGGUGGAAGAAAUGCCCAAAUUAGGUGAUACAGAUACCAUGGAAACAGCCGAGGAGAUCCGGGCUGCCAGCUCUUAUGACAAUGAAAAGCAGCUUUACAAAUCAAAGCCUCCAAAAGGUCAUCAAAACCCAGAGCUAGUUGCAAUAAUACACCAGAGAACACCACCUGAUGAAGACAGAAAUGCUGCAAAGGUGGCUCCUCUGGUGAAAGACUCUCAGCAGCUGGACUUCACAGCUUACCUGCGAUUUGAUGAGAGUGGGAUGGUUCUUCCACACAGCAUCCUUGGCAGCUUAGAAGAUUUCCAAAGUUAUUUGGAAGCCAAGGGGGAGAACAAUUUGUUAAAGCAAAUUUCGAAGCCUCUGGGAGAUGCUGCAACUGAGGCCACGAGGAGGCCUCGUACAGACACCACAAGGAGAGAGAAGGUUUCACACCAGAGAAGCACCCAGAGUAAUGCCCUGCAGCACUGGGAUAAACACAUGAGAUAUCGUAGAAAGAAGCAGGAAGAGCUAUCGUACUCACUCAACAGGCCAGUGGAAAACCUGCUGAUGAAUCAAGCCAAACAUUUCAGAGAAACUCAGGAGCAGAGGGAAAUUCUAGACCGAGUCAUUCCGCUCGCCCACCCUGGAUACGGUUAUUGUGUGGGCCGUGAUUUUUGGAAUCUCCCGCAGCGUUGCGGCGAUGAACUGAGCGGUAUUACAGCCACACUGACUCAGACUGAGCGAGGCCAGAAGAAACCCAUCACACAUGUGGGACACCCAAGCAGUAUACAAAUAGAAAUGGGAGUCAUUUCUACUGGGACUGAGCAUCUAGCUUCUCAGGCUUGGGGUCAGAGUGCUUAUCUGCAACAAAGGUGCCAGGAACUUCAGGACAUUCUGCAGGAUAUGGACUUCGAAAAGCCAGAUAUCAAUAAACUGGAGGUGAUAGGUACUGGAAGCCCAUUCACUUCCUUGUCAGAGCGUCAGAGUCUCUUCCUGCAGAAGGAGAAACAGGAGAAGAAACAAAAUGAGAUGAAAAAGGAGAAACUGGACUCACAGGCAGAAACUGCUGAUGUUCAAGUCAAGGUUUUUCCCUUUCCUGCUUUGAGGAUUCAUGGUCAGCCUGCUAGGUGGACUGGAAACCCAAUAUCUGACAAGGGAGAGGUUGGAAUCAGUACCUCUGUGUUCUUCGAAAGCCAAACCGGACAAAUUGCCUCAACUGACCUGGAGCUGCGCAAUGAAGGCAACACCGUCAUCUUUUUCAGCUGGCACAAGCUUCCAAGGCCACAGAGUCUGUCUCACCUGUAUUCACAAAACAACAGAGUGCGCUUCUACUUCAAGUCCUCCCCUGGUGUGAUCCGUCCCAGUGAAACCCAGCAGGUGGAGUUUAUAUUUAAGUCAGAGGAGCCGGGUCUCUGGAAUGAACUCUGGCAACUCAGAACCCAUCCUUUGUUGUUGCAAGGAGCCUCGAUUCAGGUCAGGUUGAGUGGAAAGGCCUUCAAACAGGACAAAACUGCAGAUCAGAGGCGCUUCAUAGAGAACAAGCUAGAAAAGGUUGUUGUGGAAAAACUGUGUGGAUCAAUUGUGCACGAGAUCGUGAGGAGGGUCCACAUCCCUGAAAGGCCCAACUCACCUGCAGAGCGUUACAUCACUGAAGAACAGCUGUUCCAGACCACAAACCCCAAGUUGCAGUACAAUUAUCAGCCAGUAGAGGACCUAAAGACACUGUGGCAACAGGUGAAUCAGGGAGGCAGCUGGGAUUUCUCUGUUGACACUCUUCGACAGGCUGUGCUGUGUCUGCCUGAUGAGGAGCCCAUCAAAGAAGAGAGUUUAUCCCAGCUAAACUGUCUGUAUCUGCAACUUUCUGAACCAUCUUAUGUAAAAUACCAAGUUCUAACGCCUACCAUUAUAGGGCGACAACUGUGGAUAAAACUUCUAGACUUCAUGGCUGAUGAAGCCAUGAGGCUAAGAGAUGUGAUGGGCCUUCCAGAGAAAGAAACUUGGGCUGAUGUAGCUACUAGGUCAUCCACAGAUGACAAGAUUCAAAGCAAGAGAAAGAUGUCUGCAAAAGAAGAGAGGAGUGGCUUGAAAUCAAGAUUUAAAGACAGCAACAAAUUAGAGGCCGAGUCACCAACAGCUGACAGCUCACUGGAGGAGAACAAAAUUAAGGUUAAAAGAAGGGAUGACACAGGGAAGCAUUCCAGAGAAAAGCAAUGGAAGGACUCCGGUUCACUGGCGGAUAUUGGUUUAGAGAGCACCACGGAAAUCCGAAGUGUAGAUCCAGAGACGAUCCUCAUCUACACAAGAACUUUGCAUAAAAAGGUGUACGCUUGCAUGGAAGACCUUGUGGACAGUCUGUGCGACCUGAUGGAGAACGUCCAUGUAGGUGAUGGACAGAACACAAACUGUUGCGCCUGAAAGGCUGGCUCAGAAAAACCCACAACCAAUCACGUUUUCUUUUAUUGCGAAAUCAAUAAAGUUGGUUUAUUGAA